AUUUCUAGAAAAGAAAUAUCUUCGAAGUCGUCUUACACGCACUUGUAGAGUAGUGGGAAAAAAAUCACCAAAAGCUUCAGAAAACACCAGAACCAGCUCAACUUCAGAUUCACGCUUCCUCUUCUCUCUUUCCUACGCAAGAUCCAAUCAAGUCCAGCUUAAGCUCCUCUCUCUCUCUCUCUCGCUGAAGCCCAAGAUCUAAGUUUCAGAAAGUGGGGUUCACCUUCACAAUAAUCCAUUAUCCAUGCAAGAGGGGAUAGAUUCAGGUUUGUUUUCCUUACUUCAAAUGUUUGGUAGACUAUAAACAUUACCCAGGAAAGUAUAGGCUUGAGAUUGACCCUUUCAAGAAAAUUGUUUUGUGUUCUAAUUUUGUUCAUUGACCUCUGUGGAUGAAAUGUGGUAACUAAAGUCUCUGUCUUGUGGGGUGAGUACUGUGUAGGAUUUUGAGAUUGAAUAUUUGGGUGUUGAAAUUUUCUUUAGUUCAGUUUUUGGGCAGCUGAAUAAAAUUUAAAACUUUUGAGAUCAUGAAGAUUGCAUCUUUGGUGGUUGUGGUUUGGAGUGUGUAUGGCUUGUUGAGUUUGGGGUUCACAUAUCCGUACCAUGUAGAACCAGAAUUUGAUUUUAUGAGUGGAAGAAGUGGAACCCCUGUUACCUAUAACUAUGAUCGAAUAGAUGAAGUGAAGAAAGAAUGUGGUUUUGUUCUUUCUUCAGCUUCUGAACUGAAAGCUGCAAAUAAUAAGGUGUAUAGCAUAAAAGAGGAGCUACUUUUUGUUAAUGGGGACUGGAGGCAGGAGGUGGGUAAUGCCCCAAUCAUACCAUUUGAUGAUAGAGAAGUCCCAACAGAGUCGUGGGGUAAUCGUACUACCUCGAACUUGGUAUCGUUUUGGGUUACGGAUGUUGAUCGUACCCAUCGAUCCAAGAAGUCUGUAAGUGUUAGUGGGUUCAUGAUUUUGGGCAUUACUAAAGAUGGUGGCUUUGCAGAUUAUGGUUACCAAGGAAAUUCUGAAUUCCAGAUAUGGCCUGGCCAUUCUCAAAUCCCAAUUUCCUUCCAAGGGAUUUACACUGAAUCAAAGAAAAAUGGUGGGGAAAGAGUAAUGUGUUUGUUGGGGAGUACAAUGUUACCUUCUCGGGACUCUGAUUCUGCUAACCCUUGGGAGUGGUUGAAGGCUUCUCGGGAGUCGGAUCCUCCUCUUUCUCAAGAUGAUCAAAUUCUACUUGUUCUUCACUAUCCAAUGACUUUCACGUUGACAAAUAGGUCUAUCCAAGGAGAAUUAAGAAGUUUAAAUUCAAAGUCAAACUCAAAGUAUUUUGAUGUGGUUCACAUUUCAUCGCAGUUGGGAAAGUCUGCAGCUUACGAUUUUGGAUCUGAAAAGAUAGUGUCAAGAGCAUGUGAUCCAUACCCUUACAAUGAUAGCUUGAUCUAUGGUGGCGUUAGCAUCUAUAAAGGUCCUUCUAUUUGUGAAAUCCUUGAAGAAAUUGCAAGGGACCAAGCUUUCACUGUUUUGCCAAACUGGAGAUGCAAUGCCACUGAUGAUUUUUGCAGUAAGCUGGGUCCAUUUGUGGGCGAUGAAGUGAUUAAGGCAUCAGAUGGAAGCUUUAAAGGUGUUAACCUUUUUAUGCAGAAUAUCAAGUGUGAACAAAAAAAAGACCAGGGAAAUGCCAGUUCAGCAAGGGUUUCAGCUGUGUUUAGAGCUGCUUCUCCACUAGAGAAUCAGUAUACCGCAGCAAAGAGAUCUGGGCUUAACAACAUGACUGUUGCUGCUGAGGGAAUAUGGAAAUCUACCAGUGGGCAGCUUUGCAUGGCUGGUUGCCUUGGACUUGUUGAUGUGGAGGGGAGUCCAUGCAAUAGUCGGAUCUGUUUGUACAUACCUGUCUCUUUUUCCAUAAAGCAACGAAGCAUUAUUUAUGGAAGUUUAUCCAGCACCAAUAACAGCGGUGCAUCAUUCUUUCCUCUCUCGUUUGAAAAGCUAGUGCAGCCUUCAGAGUUGUGGAAUUAUUUAAGAACCUCCCAUCCAUACUACAGGUACACAAAAAUUGAUUCAGCUGCUGUUGUCUUGGAAAAAAAUGAGGCCUUUAGUGUUGGAACUGUCAUCAAGAAAUCAUUGCUGAAUUUUCCCAAACUGGAAGACACAGAAGCUUUUCAAGUCAGUCUUUCUUUUCUCUCAGAAGAUCUAACCCUUCAUGCGUCUGCAUUUCCUGAUCCAAUGCAAAAUGCUCAGCCUCCUAGAACAGAUAUUCAGAUGGAGAUUCUCUCUGUUGGCCCCUUGUUUGGGCGCUAUUGGUCUCCACAAAAUAGUUCCACUGUAGAAGAGGAGACUCCUUACCACACGAAGGCUGAAUACACUGAAAAGCAGCUCCUUCUGAAUGUAUCAGCACAACUUACCAUCUCUGGGAAAGCUUUUAGCAAUUUCUCUGUGCUUUUCUUGGAGGGUCUGUAUGACCCACAUGUUGGAAGGAUGUAUCUAGUUGGUUGCAGGGAUGUUCGAGCCUCGUGGAAGAUCUUGUAUGAGAGCAUGGAUCUUGAGGCUGGGCUUGAUUGUUUAAUUGAGGUGGUUGUGUCUUAUCCUCCAACUACAUCUAGAUGGUUAGUCAAUCCAGCUGCAACUAUCUCAAUAGCCAGCCGAAGGAAUGAAGAUGACCCCCUUUACUUUAGUACAGUCAAGCUCAAAACUCUUCCGAUUAUGUACAGGAAACAAAGGGAAGACAUUCUCUCUCGUCGGGGUAUUGAGGGAAUCCUCAGGAUUUUGACUCUUUCCCUGGCAAUAUCUGGCAUUUUAAGCCAACUGUUUUACAUCAGACAUAAUGUUGAUUCCGUGCCUUACAUGUCUCUAGUCAUGCUAGGUAUCCAAGCCAUUGCGUAUAGCAUUCCUCUGGUCACAGGUGCUGAAGCGCUUUUCAAGAAGAUAUCUUCUGAAUCCUAUGAAACAUCUUCAUAUGACCUUGACAACAGUCAGUGGUUCCAUAUAAUUGAUUACACGGUAAAGUUUCUUGUGAUGGUCUCAUUAUUACUGACUUUAAGGCUUUGUCAGAAGGUUUGGAAAUCCCGAAUCAGAUUACUAACACAAACUCCUCCUGAACCACAUCGUGUCCCUAGUGAUAAGCGGGUGCUUCUGAGUACCUUGACAAUACAUUUUAUUGGCUAUAUAAUUGUUCUUGUCGUUCAUAGUUUGAACACCAGCAGAAGAUCUAUUCGGACAAAAAGCUACAGAAUCCCUAGAGCAAAUUCUCAUGCAAUAUGGAGGAACAAUGGUGUGGAAGCUUUCUCAAGGUCUUUGCGUGACGAAGACGAAGAAGAAGCUCUUAAAUGGGCAGCACUUGAGAAGCUUCCUACUUAUAAUCGUUUGAAGAAAGGCAUACUCAUUACGCCCACUGGCGAAGCUAGUGAAAUUGACAUACCAAAUCUUGGUUUUCAAGAAAGAAAAGAAUUGAUUGGGAGGUUUCUGAAAGGUUCUGAAGAGGACAAUGAGAGGUUCUUGUUGAAGAUCAAAAACCGUAUUGAUAGAGUAGGAAUUGAUCUUCCAACAAUUGAGGUUCGAAUUGAGAAUCUAAAUGUAGAAGCAGAAACUUAUGCAGGAAGCAGAGCUUUGCCUACACUCUUUAACUUCAUCGUUAACAUACUCGAGGGCUUCUUGAAUGGUCUCCAUAUUCUUUCAAGUAGAAAGACACAUUUGUCUAUCCUCCACAAUGUUAGUGGAAUCAUAAAGCCUAGCAGAAUGACAUUGCUAUUGGGUCCUCCAAGUUCUGGCAAGACCACACUCUUACAGGCUUUAGCUGGAAAGCUCGAUCUAGAUCUAAAGCUUUCUGGAAGGGUGACUUAUAAUGGCCAUGAAAUGAAUGAAUUUCUACCCCAAAAAACUGCUGCUUACAUCAGUCAACAUGAUCUACACAUUGGAGAAAUGACUGUAAGGGAAACCUUGGCCUUUUCUGCAAGAUGCCAGGGGGUCGGGACGCGCUAUGAUAUGCUUGCAGAGCUGUCCAGAAGAGAGAAAGCUGCCAAUAUCAAGCCUGAUCCAGACAUUGAUGUCUUCAUGAAGGCAAUAGCCACAGAAGGACAGGAGGUGAAUGUAGUGACAGAUUACAUUCUAAAGAUUCUGGGACUGGAAGUCUGUGCUGAUACCAAAGUAGGGAAUGACAUGUUAAGAGGUAUCUCAGGAGGACAAAGAAAACGUGUUACAACGGGUGAGAUGCUUGUUGGACCUGCAAAGGUACUGUUCAUGGAUGAGAUAUCUACUGGUUUGGACAGCUCGACAACAUUUCAAAUUGUGAAUUCAAUCAAGCAAUACAUUCACAUUCUUAAUGGAACGGCUGUCAUCACACUCCUCCAGCCAGCACCAGAGACUUAUGAGCUUUUUGAUGAUAUUAUCCUCCUCUCGGAUGGCCGGAUUGUGUACCAGGGUCCCCUUGAACAUGUGCUUGAGUUUUUUGAAUCUAUGGGCUUUAAAUGUCCUGAGAGGAAAGGCAUUGCUGACUUCCUACAAGAGGUGACAUCAAGUAAAGAUCAGGAACAGUAUUGGGCAUGCAAAGAUGAACCAUAUAGUUUCGUUACAGUCAAGGAAUUUUCCGAAGCAUUCCAAUCAUUCCAUGUGGGACAGAAACUUAGAGAUGAACUGUCAAUUCCAUUUGACAAGAGAAAAAACCACCCAGCAGCUUUGACAACCAAAGAAUAUGGUCUUAAAAUGGAAGAACUGUUGAAAGUUUGCUUCUCAAGAGAAUAUUUGCUAAUAAAGAGGAAUUCCUUUGUCUACAUCUUCAAGCUGACACAACUGACACUUAUGGCUCUGAUUACGAUGACACUCUUCCUACGAACUGAGAUGCCCCGUGGUUCAGUAGAUGAUGGAGGAGUUUAUAUGGGUGCUUUGUUCUCCAUAGUGGUCAGGAUCAUGUUUAAUGGGAUGCCAGAGCUUGCAAUGACCAUUCUCAAGCUUCCCAUCUUUUACAAGCAAAGAGACCUCUUCUUCUAUCCUGCAUGGGCAUAUGCUCUUCCAACAUGGAUUCUCAAGAUCCCCAUGACAUUUGUAGAAAUAGCAGUUUGGGUGUUUAUUACAUAUUAUGUGAUUGGAUUCGACCCUAAUAUUGAACGGUUUCUUAGGCAAUAUCUACUGCUGCUACUUGUUAACCAGAUGGCUUCUGCGUUAUUCCGUUUAAUUGCAGCAAUGUGUAGGAAUUUGAUUGUUGCGAACACGGUGGGGUCAUUCUCGUUGCUCACACUUUCUACGCUGGGAGGCUUCGUGCUUUCUAGAGAUGAUGUUAAAAAGUGGUGGGUUUGGGGUUACUGGAUUUCGCCUAUGAUGUACGCUCAAAAUGCAAUAGUAGUUAAUGAGUUACUUGGUGAAAGUUGGAGACAUGUACUUCCAAACUCAACAGUAUCUCUGGGAAUUGAAGUUUUAAAGUCCCGCGGGUUCUUUCCUCAUGCAUGCUGGUAUUGGAUAGGUGUUGGGGCAAUGACCGGAUUUGUAUUACUAUUCAAUAUUUGUUACAUUGUAGCUCUCUCCAAGCUAAAUCCACUUGCGAAACCUCAGGUUGUAAAAUUAGAAGAUCAAAGCAAUGAACAUGAUGGCAGAAUAAAGAAAACUAGUCAAUUAAUGCGCAAUGAAAGUGUGACAGAAAUUGCAGUUGAGUCUAUUCGUAACGGGAGGAGAGGGAUGGUUCUUCCAUUUGAACAACAUUCCAUCACAUUCAAUGAAAUUACAUACUCAGUUGACAUGCCACAGGAAAUGAAGAUCCAAGGUGUCCUAGAGGACAAAUUAAUGCUUCUGAAGGGUGUGAGUGGUGCUUUCAGGCCAGGUGUUUUGACAGCUCUGAUGGGAGUGAGUGGUGCUGGUAAAACCACUCUCAUGGAUGUACUGGCGGGUAGGAAAACUGGUGGAUAUAUUGAAGGGGACAUCAAAAUUUCCGGCUACCCCAAGAAGCAAGAAACCUUUGCCCGGAUUUCUGGAUACUGUGAGCAAAAUGACAUCCACUCCCCUCAUGUUACUGUCUAUGAGUCAUUGCUUUACUCAGCAUGGCUUCGUUUGCCACCUGAAGUCGAGUCUGAAACCAGAAAGAUGUUCAUUGAGGAAGUGAUGGAACUUGUGGAACUGACACGGUUGAGGCAAGCGCUUGUGGGGUUGCCUGGUGUAAGUGGUCUUUCAACUGAGCAGCGCAAGAGGCUAACCAUUGCAGUUGAGCUAGUAGCAAACCCCUCGAUAAUAUUCAUGGAUGAGCCAACUUCAGGGUUAGAUGCAAGAGCUGCUGCAAUCGUCAUGAGAACAGUUAGGAACACCGUGGAUACUGGAAGAACAGUUGUUUGCACCAUCCACCAGCCCAGCAUUGACAUAUUUGAAGCUUUUGAUGAGCUACUCCUACUGAAGCGCGGAGGAGAAGAAAUAUUUGUUGGGCCAUUGGGUCACCAUUCUUGCCAUCUAAUCAAGUAUUUUGAGGGAAUUGAAGGAGUGAGUAAAAUAAAAGAUGGUUAUAACCCAGCAACUUGGAUGUUGGAACUUACAACCUCAGCAGAAGAACUAGCUUUGGGGAUUGAUUUUGCCCAAGUUUACAAAAAUUCAAAACUAUUCAGGACAAACAAGAAACUUAUUAAAGACUUAAGCAAACCCGCACCUUCUUCAAAGGACCUCCAUUUUCCUACUCAAUAUUCGCAAUCAUUUCUCACCCAAUCCAUGGUUUGCUUAUGGAAACAACAUUGGUCCUAUUGGCGCAACCCAUUAUACACUGCAGUAAGACUUCUCUUUACAACUUUCAUGGCGUUGCUGUUGGGGACAAUGUUCUGGAACCUCGGCUCCCAAAUGAAAAGGCAACAAGAUCUGUUCAAUGCAAUGGGCUCUAUGUACAUUGCUGUUUUCUUCCUUGGGGUCCAAAAUGCUACAUCAGUGCAGCCUGUAGUUGCUAUUGAAAGAACAGUCUUCUACAGAGAAAAGGCUGCAGGGAUGUAUUCAGCCUUGGCAUAUGCAUUGGCACAGGUUUUGAUUGAGCUCCCAUACAUUUUAGUACAAACUGUGGUCUAUGGAGUCAUAAUUUAUAAGAUGAUCGGGUUCGAGUUGACUCUUGUCAAAUUCUUUUGGUAUCUAUUCUUUAUGUACUUCACAUUGUUGUACUUCACAUUUUCUGGCAUGAUGAUUGUGGCUGUGUCACCAAAUCAUCACAUUGCUUCUAUUGUUACCUAUGCAUCUUAUGGACUGUGGAACCUCUUUUCAGGCUUCAUUGUCCCACGACCGAGGAUUCCUAUAUGGUGGAGAUGGUACUACUGGGCAUGUCCUGUGGCUUGGACCUUGUAUGGAUUGGUUGCUUCUCAGUUUGGAGACCUAAACGAUACGAUCGACAAUGGACAAACAGUCAAACAAUUUUUGGAUGAUUACUUUGGUUUCAGACAUGAUUUUGUGGUAGUAGUUGCAGCAGGGCAUGUAGGGUUUACAGUGCUCUUUGGAUUCAUAUUUUCCGUUUCGGUUAUGGCGUUUAAUUUCCAAACACGAUAG